AUGGCUCAAAUCCCCUCGUUGCCUUCACUGGCCAAGGUGCCAGUGCUUUUACUCAAGACCAGGUCUUUACCGAGCGACUCGUACGAGGACCUCUUCUCUCGCAAAGACAACAGCUGGGAUUUUGAACCGACUUUCGUUCCUGUACUACAGCACAGCUUUCAGGAGCAGGGCAUGGCGACGGUAAGGAAUAUAUUGCAUCGCCGCGGUAUCAAUACAAACCCCGAUGCCACGUACGGCGGCCUCGUCUUUACAUCGCAGCGAGCUGUCGAGGCAUUUUCCAGCUUGACCGACGAAAAGUGGCCUCACCUCCAGGAUGUACCGGUCUACAGCGUUGGUCCGGCCACCACACGAGCGCUCAAUUCAAUCUCACAACAACCGCCAUUGAAGAUUUUCGGAGAGCACACCGGCAAUGGCGAUGCCUUAGCCAAGUUUAUAUUGGAACACUACGGCCGAUGGUACCAAGACCGGCCGACGAAGCCACCCGUGCUCUUCCUCGUUGGCGAGCAGAGGCGGGAUAUCAUUCCAAAGCGCCUCAUGAGUGUGGAUCUGCCAAGUGACCGAAGAAUCCAAGUGGAUGAAGUCGUCGUCUACGGAACGGACGUAAUGAAAUCUUUCCCACGCGAUUUUGCAGAAAUCCUUAAGACCACCGAGGACCGGCCGGCACGCUGGGUGGUCGUCUUUUCGCCCACAGGUUGCGACAUCAUGCUGCGUAGUCUCGGUUUAAUGGACGACUCAACGGGCAAGGCAAAGAGGGACGAGUGUGGGGAGCGCAAGACAUUCAUUGCAACCAUUGGUCCGACAACAAGGGAUUAUCUCAGACGCACAUUCGACUUCGAACCAGACGUCUGUGCCGAGGAACCGACUCCGAGAGGCGUUGAAUCUGGCAUUAUUAAGUUCCUUGAGCGGGACGAGCGGGACAGCCGACACUACCAGAAACCAUUGGAGAACGAAUCAACGUAAAGUUGUACAAGUUCAACAAAUGCACUGAGUGGGACCGACGCUGCCUCGAAUCCCUUCUCGGAUACUUUGAAUGCUGCAAUCGCACGAGGCAUGGAUAGGGUGACUCGAUUCCUAUGUCGUCCCCAUCCACGCGCAAAUUACGUACACAAUGGUUCAGGUCAUAAUUAACAGACAACGAUAACCUUGGUCUCGCACCGAUAUCAUGCCAAGGUGUUGAGAUGCACAAGCGUUGGAAGAUACCGAUGAACAUGGAUGCCAUGGCUAGAGCGUGUAUUCUGAUUGGCUAUUCGUCUUGUUAAUUGAGUGUGACGCGAACGCGAAAAUUCGCGUGGUUGUCAUCCUGCGCGAAACCCCGACUAGAAGUACCGCGUUGCAACCCCAAGUCGCGUAGGUCAAGACUCGGACCGCGUGGUCCCCACCGAAUCUGUGAACUCUCGGAAUCAUCCCCAGCCAUAUGGCCAGAAGGGAAAAUUUUAGGGAAAACUUU